AUGUCAGGCACUCAGCCUGUGGCGGUUUACGCCAUGAAAGUCCCUGCAGGCGAUGUGAUGGUCCCCGCAGUCCCAGACUUCGCAGCCAUGUUUCGCCUGUCAAUGGCAGCCAUUGAUCCUACUGCAGAGCCAGAAUUUGCGGAAGGUGACGAGAAGAAGACACCUCGAGCUACAUUGAAGCUUAUUCGCGUACCUGCGGAGUUAUUCGGGGAUGACGACUCAGAAGACUCAGACUACGAUGAGAUGGAGGGUGAUGAAGUUGAGGAGAGCUCGUCAGAAGAGGAAGAGGUAAAUGGUGGCCCCAGUGACCCGUCAAAAGCGAAGAAGCCGAAUAAGCUGGAUCUUGUGAAAGCAAUUGCCGAGCAGGGUUCUGAUGAUGAAGAGGAAGAGGAUGACUCCGAGGAGGAGGCCGCUGCUAAGAGUGCUCUUAUGAAAAUCAUGAAAGGCAAAGGCAAAGCGACCGAAAACGGCGAAGAAGCUGAUGACGAUGAAGAUAGUCUGGAGUUAGAGGAAGUCGUCAUCUGCACACUUGAUCCUGAGAAGCACUACCAGCAGCCUCUUGAUAUAGUUGUGGGCGAAGAUGAGAAGAUCUUCUUCAAAGUCUCUGGCACACACGAGGUCCAUCUCACAGGCAAUUAUGUCAUUCCAAUCGACGACGGCCAGGCCCGACUUUACGGGGAUGAGGAAGAAGACGACUACGACCUCUCUCCAGAUGAGGACGAACUCGAUGCGCUGGAGGACAUGGAAGAUGAAGAAGAAAGCGACGAGCUUGAUGACAUGGCUGAUCCUCGAGUAAUGGAAGUUGAUACCGAUGAAGAAGCCCCAAAAUUGGUCGAACCAGCUACCAAAGGAAAGAACAAGCGGCCUGCAGAAGACUCGGAUGAGGACGAGGCCAAUCUUGACGAUAUCAUGUCCAAGUCGAUCAAGCCGUCCGAGCCCACCACAAAUGGAGAUGAGAAGCCACUUAGCAAGAGCCAGAAAAAGAAGUUGAAGAAGCUCAAAAAGAAUGACGGAGAAGCUGCGCCAGUAGAAACACCCUCGACAGCCACUUCAAAGACGGAGUCAAAGACUGAGAAGAAGGAAGCCGCCAGCAACGGCGAGAAGAAAGUCCAGUUCGCCAAGAAUUUAGAGCAAGGUCCGACACCCUCAGCCACACCACCAUCAAAAGACGUCUCGAAGGAUGGCUCGAAAGAGACCCCGAAAGAGACCAAGCAGCCAGGCGGCUCUCUUGGGGUGAAAGACAUGCAAGGAGUGACAGUGGAUGAUCGGAAAUUGGGCAGUGGACCACAGGCGAAGAAAGGAAGUCAUGUUGAGAUGCGCUACAUUGGCAAGCUGGAAAACGGCAAAGUCUUUGAUGCAAACAAAAAAGGUAAACCCUUCAGCUUCAGACUCGGUGCUGGCGAGGUUAUCAAAGGCUGGGAUAUCGGUGUAAUGGGCAUGGCUGUUGGUGGGGAGCGACGACUGACAAUCCCCGCAAAUCUCGGUUACGGCAGCAAAGGUGCACCACCGAAGAUUCCCCCGAACUCGAAACUCAUCUUUGACCUCAAGGUGCUGGGUGUGAAAUAA